GCGAGGGGGGAGGAGUCUCAGUGAGAGUCGGCCCCCCCGCGACUCGGCCUCCAGCGCCUACGCUUCUUCAAUCUCGUCUCUUUCAAACGCCUGAGGAUCCUCCUCCUCUUGCUCCUCCUCUUCGACGACACCAGGACCACAGGCUCUCAUCUCCAAACCCUAAUCGGAAGCCAGCUCGGAGCAGCUUCAUCGAGCGAGGCUUCUCAGCACCAGUCAUGCUGCGGUCUUGCUCGUAGCGUGUAGGUGCAACUGCCGAAGUGAAAAAGAGGAAGAUUGGCAGUGAGUGAGUGAGUGAGUGAGUGUUGGAGUGGCGGUGUUGAAGCAUUGCGUGAGGGAUUGAGUUGGUUGCAGGAGUUAAGUCGUCAUGGUCUCGUACCGACGCCUGCUGGCCGCAGUGGAGGCGGCGUUACUGACGCCCAACCCUGCGCCUCACCACCGAGCUGAUCUCUCACAUGCAUUGCACAUCUGCGUUCCCGAUUUCCAGGAUUUUCUCAAGUAUCCUGGCCCCAAAGCAGAAGAUCGAGCACAAGUUGCAUCGAGGGAAGUUAGGUUACCGAAUUCUGCACCAACAAUACUUGAUAACCAGGAUGCACAAAUUGCGCUCAAGCUGAGUGAGGAUUACAAUCUAAAUGAAAUAUACUGCGUGGGUUUAUUAGUGUCUGCACAUCAAGAGUGGAAUUCUUUAGGUCGGGAACCUGUGGAAAUACUUCGAUUAUCAGCUGGCCUAUGGUUUACAGAGCGAAGAGCUUUAAUAACCUCCUUGCAACUUUUACUUCGAGCUGUGGUCCUAGAUGAUGAGUUGGACCCUGAUCUUGUUGCGGACAUUCGCUCGUACAUUGAAAGAUUGCUGCAAGGAGGCCUUCGAGCAAGACUCAUCCACUUAAUCAAGGAACUAAAUCGAGAAGAGUCAGCUGGAUUAGGAGGUCCGGGAGUGGAGCCCUACGUGAUGGAUUCGCGUGGUGCAGUGGUUCAGCGCCGUAACGUCAUUCAAAAGGAGCGGCUCAGCCUUUGUCAUUGUCUUGUACUUACAUGUCUCAUUGUUCGCAUAAAUGCGCAAGAGGCCAAGGACCUGUACGACCUGCUCAAGGACUCCGCUAGUGACGAAAGUAUAUCACAGGAUGCUGUUAAGCUUCAGAUCACAUAUACAAUCAUGUUUGCGCUUCUCGAUUCAUUAAUAUCGGAUGCAUUAGGAGGGUCUCAAGAGAUGGGCUCCGUACUUGCACUUGAUGCUGGGUUUCGCAAAGAGUUUCAACAAAUGUUAAUGGAUGCAGGGGAAUUAAAUGUGACUGCCGAGGGGUUCACUGGUGUGAUUCGUUUUGUGUGGGCUGUUUAUCUGAUGCUCACAAAGGGUGCCUUGGAUUAUAGCCCCACUGGAUCUUUCUCUGAAGACGAUACUUACUCUUCCUUAUGCUUAAACCGUGCAUGUGAGCAUGACGUUUUUGAGUUCUUCACUACUCGCGUUCUUCAAACUGCUACCUUUCAGAACGAUGACGAAGAGCUCGUGUUUAUGUACAAUGCAUAUCUGCAUAAAUUGAUGACAGGUUUUCUUGCCCAACCAGCAGGUCGUGAAAAAAUAAAAGCAAUGAAGGAUGCAGCUAUGGUGGCAGUAGAUACGUAUGUAGAUAUGAAAGAUACCAUGUCAGAUGUUGAUGGUAAAGCCCAACAGCAGGCAAUUGUUCUUCAAGCUAAGCCCUUCAUUUCACUGCUUACUAUGAUCGGGGAAGUCUAUCAGAGAGAACCAGAGCUCAUCAUGGACAACGACGAUCUUUGGAACUUUGUUAGAUUUGCAGGGGAGGACCACAACACAUACCACACAUUAGUUGCCUUUCUUAAUAUGCUCACAGCAUUGGCUGCUAGUGAAGAAGGAGCAAAAAAAAUAUAUCAAAUGCUUCAGAACAAGGCUAUUCGCACACUUGGAUGGCAAACACUUUUUAAUUCUUUAAUAGUUUACGAUCAACGAUUUAGGCAAUGCCUUCAAAAUGCAGGAGCUUUUCUUCCACCCUUUCAAGAAGGGGAUGCACGUGCAUUAGAGGCCUACCUCAAAGUGUUAAGACGGGUUAUGGAGAAAGGCAACGAAAUGGAACGUUCGCAGUGGUUCAUGGAUAUUGAGCCACUCUUUAAGCUUCUGUCAUAUGAGAACGUUCCCCCUUACUUGAAGGGGGCUUUGCGGAAUGCAAUUGCAACUUUUGUUCCUGUAUCACCAGUUAUGAAAAAUAAAGUGUGGAGCUUCCUAGAACAAUACGAUUUGCCAGUGGUGGCUACACCUCUGUUAAGUGAUGGCUCUGCUCAACAAGUGUCCUCUCAGGUUUAUGACAUGACUUUUGAGUUGAAUGAAGUGGAGGCUAGGCAGGAAGAAUAUCCUUCUACACUCUCUUAUCUGAAGUUGCUUAAUGUUCUGAUUGAGAAUGAGUCAGACGGACCUGAUAAGGGUGGUAGAUACAUUGGCAUUUUUCGAUUUGUACGCGAUCAAGUUUUUGCACCUUACGCACAAAGAGCAUAUGCAAAUCCUGUGGAGAAAUGGGAGCUUGUUGCCACUGCGCUUCGCCAUUUUGAAUUGAUGUUGAGUACUUAUCAACUUACUGAAGAUGCUGUGAGGAAUAGCUCCGAUCAUCUUCUUCCUCCAGAAAAUUCUCUUCCAGGGAUGGCCGCACCAGGUCUUCCAGCUGCCAUUACUCGAUUGCCAGUUACGGAGUUGAUGAAGGAUUUGAUGAGUGGCAAAGUGAUUUAUCGUAAUAUAAUGAGUAUAUUGAUGGUGGGCGUCAAUUCUGUAAUGGAGCAACGCACAAGCCAACUUUAUGGCCCAGCUUUGGAAGAAGCAAUAUCCCUUUGCCUUCAAAUUUUGUUUCUUGCUCUGUCCAAAGACACUCUAUUCUCAGAGGCUUGGCGUCCCGUAUAUCAGCCAAUAGAUAAUAUUCUAUCUCACGACAUCAGACAAAUUGUGACGGUAUUGGAAUAUGUAAGAUAUGAUAUGUCACCUUUGAUUCAGCGAUGCUCCGUCCAAAUUAUGAAGGUGCUCAGUGCACGAAUGCCGCAAUUGGUCUCCAUUAUUUUAGAAGCUGGAGCUGCAUCAAGCCUUAUUGAGGACUAUGCUGCUUGCCUCGAGACCCGUGCAGAGGAACCCCAAGCUCCUGAAAAUCCCGAUGAGGAUAUUGGCUCACUGAUUUUACGUCUUCUCCUGGCUAAUUUGGAUCAGCCUGCUCCAAAUGUAACGCAUCUUCUUCUAAAAUUUGACGUCAAUCAACUUGUAGAGAGGACAAUGCUUCAGCCGAAACGUCACUUCAGCUGUCUACGAGUGAUACUGGACGUCUUGGACACGCUUGCAAGGCCAGAAGUGAAUGCUGGACUGCAUGAACUUGGUUUCCAGUUGAUGUAUGAACUUUGUGUGGAUCCAAUCACUUGUGGUCCUGUGGUGGAACUUCUCAGAAGUGAAAAAUAUGAGUUUUUCUCCAAGCAUUUGAAUACUUUCGUGUGUGAACCUCUUCCCAAGCGCAGCACAAAUCAACAGCUGCGUGUGAGCAGCCUACAACAGAGAGCCUGGCUGCUGAAGUUGGUCGCUUUGGAACUUCACUUGGGCGAUAUGGAUGUCGUUGUCCAUCGAGACAGCUGUCGUCGGCUCCUUUCUCGCUUAUUUUUGAGAGAACCUCAAUCUUGGGAGACGGGGAUUCCAUCUAACCUUAUGCCAGCUAGAUUGACCUUGACUACCACUGACAACAGCAUCCACAAAACCAAAGUGUUAGAGCUUCUCGAAAUCCUCCAAUUUCAACUCCCCGAAUCUCCCAGCGACUUUCCGCCAGAAUUGCAUGGUCUGAAAGAGGAGCUUAAGGUUGAUGAUAUCCUUGGCAGUCCUGCUACAGUUGACCAAGGGGGUGUAUACCACAUCUCAGAACGUGGGGAUCGUCUUAUUGACCUCUCAGCAUUUAGAGAUCUACUUUGGCAGGAAUACAAGAGGUUGGAGGGUCAGUACAACUUUCUGGUGAAUGGUCAGAAGCAGUCUGAACUUCGGGAGGCAGUGCAACAACUAUUGCGUUGGGCUUGGAAGCGGAACAAAAAUUUAGAGGAGCAAGCUGCUCAACUACAUAUGCUCGUAGGAUGGUCGCAGCUUGUAGAGAUAACAAUAUCGAGAAGGUUUCACUUUUUGGGCAGUCGGACGCAUGUACUUUUUGAGAUUUUGGAUGCCUCAAUAAGUGCAACUACAUCACAAGAUUGCUCUUUACGCAUGGCCUUCUUGCUAAGUCAAGUGGCUCUGACAACUAUGGCAAAGCUUCAAGAACAAAGCAUUAUAUCACCUGGUGAAGGCGAUAGUACAGAUGAUGUCACAUAUGUGGAUGUGUUGUCUAGUGUGCGGUUAUCGAACAGCGCAUGCCACACCAUCCUGUCUAAGCUUAUUGCCUCUAUUCUGAGACACGAAUCCUCAGAGAGCUUGCGGCGCAGACAAUAUGCGAUACUUUUGAGCUAUUUUCAUUACUGCCAAGGAAUGGUGAACCGAGAUUUGCCCCUUUCUGUUAUGCGAACUUUGCUUGUUGGCGCCGGUGACGAGGAUAUGGAAGUUGAAAAGCUGGACCGAGACCAAGCCGAACUUGCGCAAGUGAACUUCUCUCUCCUAAAGCGAAAUGCAGCCCCUCUUGUGGAUGUGGUGGCUAGGGAUGCUACAAAUGGUAGUGAGACAGGUAAGGCUAUGGCCUACUAUGUGCUGGACGCAUUACUUGCAGUUGACCAUCACCAGGUGUUUCUCAGCCAGUUACAAAGUCGCGGACUCCUUCAUUCAUGCUUAGCUGAGAUCAGCAGCAACUCUUAUCAAGCCAUAUUACUUCCCUCAGCCGAAUCCUUGCGUCGAUUAUAUACGUUGGAAUCAGAGCUGGCUCUACUCCUUCGAGUGGGAUUCCACAAUAGAAAACGUGGGGCACAGACAUUGUAUGCAAUGGGAGCCCUUCGUCAUUUGUCCUCUUGCCGAGCUAUUGAUGCUCAUUUGACUGAUGAUGCCAAGUGGGAGCAAGUAAAGGUUGGUGUAGGAAUGCCCAAUCAGCAUGAUCGUCAGCAUCAACUCGUAUCGCCUGUUCUACGCCUGGUCCUUUGCUUUACUUCUUUAAUUGACUCUACAGAAGUGGUUGAUGGGGAUCGAAAUGAAGUUGCUCUUGAAGUUUUGGAUUUUAUCAAGUCCCAUCAUGGCUUACUUGAUAGAAUCCUAAGAGAUGACAACCCAAACGUGCACAUCGCAGAUCUGGAUGAACUCCAGUUGGCUACUGCAAUCCUUAGUAAGGUAUGGCCGGUUGAGGAGUCUUCUGAAUUUGGGUACACGCAAGCAAUGUUCAACCUUGCGUACGUCUACUUCAGCCUAGAUGCAGAGUCUCGAAAUCGGUUCAUACAUCAUAUUCAAGAGGCGGAGAAAAUAAACGAGUCAUCUGGUAUAGCUCGAGAGAGUUUAAGGAAAAUGGAGCUCCAAGUGGCUCGUGUACGAUGCAAUUUGAUUGCUUACUUAUAUGCCUUGGUCACAAAGCACAACCUGCGUCUGCAUAUUUACAAGCCUGAUAUUGGAGACGGUGCGACAAUGGGGCCGUACAAUUUGGGACGCCAGAGACAACCGACGCUGAAGCUUGUCGCUGACCUUUUGCAACAAACAUCUCUGGACUUAGAGCUAGCCUUAGAAGAGAAAGCUCUUCUUCUUGCUAGGCUUCAAGACGUAAAUGAACUUUCGCGCCACGAGGUGGAUGAUAUAAUCAAGGCUUAUGGGCGACAAGAGCGUUCAGAUCCUGCUGAUAGCAUCCGCAAGAGGAGAUAUGUGGCGAUGGUGGAGAUGUGCAGUGCAGCUGGUAGCCGUGAAUGUCAAGUUUCUUCUCUUAUUUUUCUAGUGGAGCAUGCCCUGGAGAUUCUAUAUGUCCAUUUGGAGAAGUUGACAAAGCCUCAAAAUAGGCAGGGUAGAUUUGAGCUAAAUCUUGAGACGAAUUGGGGCCGAAAAGAAGAUGUACAGUUACUGGCUGGAAAGCUGCUUCCAGUGUUUGAUAGACUUGAAUGUUUGAAUGAGGAUAGAGUGGGUCGGAGCAUGAAGCAUUUGCAGCGCCUUGUGCACUCGCUGAAGUCGAGAAUUAUGAUGUUAUCAUCAGAAACCUACUGAAUUGCCGAACCUAGGGUUUUCCCAGAUCAUGACCGUCUGCAUGACGUUAAGCAAAUUGAUCAUGUCCUGAGGAUCUAAAAUUAGACAGACAACCAUUUCCUUCUAGAUGCCCAUGUCCAUGAUGCCAAUUCCUCGUUUUAUACCUCUGGACCUGGAGGGCAACGCAACAUUCCUCUGUUUAAUGAUAAGAUUGCUGGUGGUUGUCCUUACGUGUAUAUUUUGCACACAGCAGUAAGUUGACAUUGAAUUGGAUAAA